UCUUCCACCGUUCUUCCGUCUUUCUCUCUCACCGCCAGAUGGAGAACAUUAUAGAAAUAGCAAACAGCGUCGCGCUGGAUCCAAAGUACCACGACGUACUUGAAGUCGUCAAGGGCGUGCGAAAUGGUGCUGUAUACGGCGCGAAGAUCCGGUUCCCGCAUGCCCUUGUUAUGACCUUUCUCUUCAGAAACGGAACUCCGAAGGACAAGCUACGGAUAGUUCUGAAAGCAACGAGAGAUCACGCCAAAAACUUGGCCACCUUUGUCUUUAUCUACAAGUCCGUGAUCUACGUUCUCAAAUCUUCAAAUCCGGAGAAGAAGUCAAGAGAUGUAGAUGCCCUUAUUGGUGGUUUAAUUGGCGGUUACUACGUCUUUGGACGCGGCGGAAAGUCUUCUGUCAACCAGCAGAUUGUUCUCUAUGUCUUUUCUCGAGUGGCUAUGGGUUUGGCUAAACUUGCUGUAAAGAAGAACGUGGUCCCUAUCUCGAGCGCUGAAGGAAAGAGCCAGUCAUGGAAUGUCUUUGCGACCCUGUGCUGGGGAAUCGUCAUGUACUUGUUCCGUACUGAUCCUGAUGUGUUGCAGGUCAGCAUGAAGAACAGUAUGGAUUAUCUCUAUCUUGACUCAAAUCACUGGACUUCCAUGAAGACCUUGCUGUGGCACAACAAAUGAGAGAGACCUUCAGCAGCUCCUUGGAUUUACGAGAGACGGAUGUUGCCAUCAAAUUAGUGCCUGUGACGCAUCGGCGGUGUUAUUCAUAAUGACCAUUUAGAGAUUAGAGUCAAUCAUUUGUACAGCCAAAUAUACUUCUACGUGUAAUCUCAAAUUGUAGGAUGAGAGGGACCCAAUACGGAGCUGUAGGACAAGCUAAAUACCAGGCAGGUUUUCUUAGGGUAGGCGGGGCUGAUCUCCGGCUG